CCCGCCCCGACGGCCGCCCGGCUCCCGCCGCCGCGCCUGCUGCAUGCUCGGUGCUCAGCCCCAGCCGGAGGUGGAAGAUGGCGGAGCCGGGGCCGGAUUGCAGCUCUCUGCUCGACGAGGAUCUCUCCUCCUUCGUCUUCAGCUACCUAGCUGACAGCCAGUAUGAGGUGUCUGGCGAGGAGCAUCUCUACUCUGACUUCCCCGAGAUCGAUCUGUCCCAGCUGGACGCCGGAGACCUGGACUCUGCCGGGUGUUUCAGCGAGCUGCAGUGGGGCGGGGAGCACUCGGAGACCGACUCCAGCCAGUACAGCACCGACGACUCCGAGCUCUUCCAGAUAAUAGACAGCGAGAACGAAGCGCUGCUGGCAGCCCUCACCGAGACUUUGGAUGAUAUACAGGGAGAUGACAUGGGCCUGGCUGCCUUCCGAACUAUGGAAGAGGGGGACACGCUCAACUCUGCCACCACCUCACCUGCCCCUUCCCCCAAACCCACCGCCCCGGUCACGGGGGGGCCGCCCCCGGCCCCCGAGUGUGAUGAGCUGUCUCUACUGAAGAAGCUGCUCCUCUCUCCGUCACCUCCGAGCUGCGAGCUCCAGCGGGACGGGAGCGCCCGGCGCCCGGGGACCCCAAAGUCACGGCCCGCACGGCCCUGCACAAAGGUGGAGGGUCCCCGGGACAGGAGGGCGAGCGUCCCGCAGGCACAGAGCCGCAGCUGCACGGAGCUGCACCGGCACCUCACCUCCAGCACCUCCUGCUCCCAGACCAAAGCCCCCCAGGCUCCCGAGGAGUGUCCCGGCAGCGGCCACCACCCGUCCCCGGGCGGCUGCGCCCAUCACGAGGACGACAGUGACUCCAGCGAGGACUCGCUGAGCUCCGGCGACUCGGUGGCCGCCCUGUCCUCGGCGGAGGACGGCACGGGCAGCCAGUUCUCCUGCGAGGGGGAGCUGCACUCGGUGGUGGAGCUGAUCCGCUACAUGCACACCUACUGCCUGCCCCCUCGCAAGCUGCCCCCCGACAGCAAUCCCCAGCCCUGCAGCAGCCCCUUCAAGAGAGCCAGAGCGGACUGUGCCCCCGCUCCGGGCAGCGCCCAGAGCCGGCCGGGCUGCGCCUGGCAGGCAGCCGGCGGCUGCAAGAAGCCCGGAGCAUCCUUCUCCAUCCUGAAGGAGCUGCUGGCGAGGGACCUGCUGUGCGAUGUGAGCAAGCCAUACCGCCUGGGCAAGCCCGUGUACGCUGCCCUGGCACGGCCGCCCGGCUCCUGCUCCCCCGCGCCGCCCGAUGCCGAGGAUGCCGGCGGGACUUGCACAGCCAGAGGGAAAGCGGCGGCAGAGAGGGGCGAGCCCCGGCACAGCCCCGAGGCGGAGGCGCCCCGGGAGCUGGGCGACCUUGAGGACGAUGCUGGGAAGCAGGAGGGCGGCCCUGGAGCAGGGAAGGCGGCCCGCAGGCAAGACAGCGCUGUUUACGCCGUGCGCCGCUCCAAGAGACUCAACCCCGAGCUCGGGCACUGGCUCUCCUUCCUUGACGAGCCGCACCCCGAGUCCUCCGUGCCCCUGGGCUGCAGCGAGGCCGCUCCUCCGCUGCUGGAGGGUUUCUCUGCCGAAGAGCCGGCGGCCGAAGUGGAGGUGGGGGGCACAGCCCCAUCGGUGGAGCCGCAGCCCCUCUGCCUGGGCUCCCUGGGGGAUGGCGAGGUGGGCACUGAGAGCCGGCGCUGUGCCCUCCUGGAGCAAACAGAAACACCCAGGUGUCUCACACUGUCCUUGGCACAAACUGACCCAGCCUUUGGGAAGAGAAACUUUGAGCCAAUGCUGACCGUGGAGCUGUGUGGGACAGCAGGUCUCACACCGCCCACCACUCCGCCAUACAAACCCGCCGAGGAGGACCUGUACAAGCCAGACAUCCCCCAGGAGCCAGGGAAGGAGGACGGGAUGUCCCUGAGCCCCGGGGGCGCCGGGGACGUGGCAGCCUCGCAGAAAGCCCCCAAGAAGCACCCGGAGAGGACGGAGCUGUUCGCCCACCUGAGCCGGGCGGGCGGGCGGGCGCUCCCCGAGCAGCAGGGCCUGCUCAAGAGGCCCUUCUCCCGCUCCUUUGGGGACCACGACUACUGCCAGGUGCUGAAACCCGAGGCUGCCCUGCAGAGGAAGGCGCUCAAGUCAUGGGAGCCCCCGAGCCAGGUGGAGACGGAGCACAAGAGAAGGGUCCCGGCCGCCCACUACCAGGGACUGGAGCUGGGCAAGGACACGGGCGCUGAGCUGCUGUGGAAGGACGGCGUGAAGCAGCUGAGAGACCAGGAGAUCAGAGCCAGCUUAACAAAGCACUUCGGCUUUCUGGACAGUGCCCUCGACGAGGAGGACAUGGUCUUCUGCAAAACCCCCGAGUAUGACACGGUCUUUGAGGACAGCUGCAGUGAGAGCGGCUCCCCCGUGGAGGAGGAUGAGGAGGAUGAGGAGGAGGAAGAGGAGGAGCAUGGCAACACCGAGCUGUGCCUGAGGAGAAACCCCCUUUCCAGGACCAGUUUGCAUUACUGCUCCCGGAGCAGGUCCAGCUCGGGCUCCUCGUGCUGCCGGUCGCGGUCACCCGCCAGCAGACGCACCUUCAGGUGUGAGAACGCCGAGCAGUGUCAGGGUGGAAGCGGGCACCGGGGCCAGCUGAAGAAGAGACGGGAAAAGGCCAUCGGGGAAGGCCGGGUGGUGUACAUCAGAAACCUCUCCAGCAGCAUGAGCUCCAGCGAGCUGAAGAAACGCUUCGAGGUGUUUGGUGAAAUCGUGGAGUGUCAGGUCCUGUCCAGGACUAACAGGGGGGAGAAGUACGGCUUCAUCACGUACCGGUAUUCCGAGCACGCCGCCUUAUCGCUGAAGAACGGCCCCUCGCUAAGGAAGAGGAACGAGCCCUCCUUCCAGCUCAGCUCUGGUGGCCUGGGCCGCUUCUUCUGGACCAGAUACGCUGACCUGGAUUGCGGCACGGACGAGUCCUCCCCAGCUCCGGUGAAAAGCAAGUACGAGACCAUGGAUUUCGACAGCUUGCUGCAGGAGGCCCAGCUCAGCCUGCAUCGGUAACAGCCUUAACCUUGGAGGAAUACCUCAAUACCUCAGUCAAGGCACUUCCAAUAUGUUUACGUUUUCAAAGAAAUUAUUCAGUCUAUGGCAAGCAAGAGAGCGAGAGAGAGAGCGAGAGCACGCCCGCGAGAGAGAGACUGCUGUCCCCUGAUCGAUGUUUACAUUGAACAAAGCUGCUUCUGUCUGUGAGUCCCCAUGGUGUUGAUGUCUCACUGCCACACGUUAGUCCCCCCUCUGCUUCUUACUGGUUGUUUUAGGGUGAGCCUAGGAGCCCCCCAGCCCCUCUUCCCCCUCCCUGCCCUCCCCACGCUCCCACCGUGGAGUUGCAGCUGUGUUCACCAUAACAUUUUUUUGUCCGUAGUGUGUGAUGAUGAAAUUGUUCAUUGUGAAUAGAAUCAGGAUUAUAAACUAAUUUUUAAUAGAAGAAGAGAAGAAAAAAAAAAAGUAUAUACUUAAAAAAAAAAAAGAAAUGUAUUUAUGGCUCAGAUGUACUGUAAUUCAGAUUUAUUGUACCGCUUCCUUGAUUUUUAACUAUGCACUGUAAUGAGGCACUUGCCACUCAGCAAAUGGGGGGUCAGAGCAGUCUCAGAGCUGACAUUCCCCUGCUAGCAAACCGGGGUGCUCGGUGCUUGCCCCGGGGUCACCCACUUUGCUGUCAAAGCCAUUCUUUGUGCUGGAGUGGCCCGAGCCCCCCAGCGCUGAGCUGGGUCCCAGUGGGUGAUGGAGCCUGGGCUGGGCAGCUUUGCAGGCUGCAGAGGGUGGGAGAGGGAUGCAGCACCUGCAGCCAGCGCUGCUGCACCCCUGCUGCCUUUGGAGAGAGGGGCUGGGGGCUGCUGGGCCUGAGCCGCUGGGGGAUGGAUGUCUCCAGUCUGUGUGGAGGAGCUGGAUCCUCUCCAGCUCCUUGGAUGGCUGGGAGACUGGCCAGGCCCUGGGGCUUCAUCCUCGCUCGCUUCCACACCCCGCAAAGCAAGCGGGGCGAGAAGACCUGGCUGUGCUCUCUGCUGGGCAGCCAGCCCCACACACAGCCCAAAAUCCAGCCCCAAACUCAUCCCAAAGUCCAGCCCCACACACAGCCCAAAGUCCAGCCCCAAACUCAUCCCAAAGUCCAGCCCCAAACUCAUCCCAAAUCCCAGCCCCAAACUCAUCCCAAAUUCCAGCCCCACACACAGCCCAAAAUCCAGCCCCAAACUCAUCCCAAAGUCCAGCCCCACACACAGCCCAAAGUCCAGCCCCAAACUCAUCCCAAAUUCCAGCCCCACACACAGCCCAAAAUCCAGCCCCACACACAGCCCUAAUUCCAGCCCUACACACAGCCCAAAAUCCAGCCCCAAACUCAGCCUAAAGUCCAGCCCCAAAUGCAGAGAGGCUGGGGGGCACAGCACCCACCCUGGACCCCCACCCAGCACCCUGUCCCGUAGCUGAUAAGCCAUACACACCCCAGCACCCACCCGCAGCCCAGAUCCGUCCCAGCGCCCCGGGGCACAGCUCUGCCUCUGGCCAAGGGCCCUCGGGGCUGGAUUUAAGUGUCAGAUUUACUUGAGGACUUGCCCUCCGUGUGUGAGUGGGGUGAGAUGGGGACACAGCUGUCCCCCAGCCGGAGCAAAGCCCACCACCAGCCGGCCAGAGGCACUGUUUUCCCAAGGGAGCGGGAAUCUUGCUGCUCCUUAAGCCAUUGCCACCUUCUCCUUUUAUUUUUGAGCCCCAGAGACCACUAGGGAUUCAGCCAUCCUCUGUAGAUAGAAUAUUAUAGCCUUAACUCUGCCAAUAGAUAGAUUAGAGUCUCCUGGGGUCUCCCUUCGCCAUGACUUGGGGGUUUUAUCCCCGGUUCCCCGGGCACGUUGCGGGGAGAGCGACCGAAGCCUCGGGAACAGCACAGGGUGCCAGGGGCCGGAACCAUGCCAGGGUGGGCCGAGGCUCGGAGCCCUGCCAUGCCAGGGUGGGCUGAGGCUCAGGGCCGGAGCCCUGCCAUGCCAGGGUGGGCUGAGGCUCGGAGCCCUGCCAGGGUGGGCCGAGGCUCGGAGCCAUGCCAUGGUGGGCCGAGGCUCAGGGCCAGAGCCAUGCCAGGGUGGGCCGAGGCUCAGGGCCAGAGCCAUGCCAGGGUGGGCCGAGGCUCGGAGCCAUGCCAUGGUGGGCCGAGGCUCAGGGCCAGAGCCAUGCCAGGGUGGGCCGAGGCUCAGGGCCAGAGCCAUGCCAGGGUGGGCCGAGGCUCAGGGCCAGAGCCAUGCCAGGGUGGGCCGAGGCUCAGGGCCAGAGCCAUGCCAGGGUGGGCCGAGGCUCAGGGCCAGAGCCAUGCCAGGGUGGGCCGAGGCUCAGGGCCGGAGCCAUGCCAUGGUGGGCCGAGGCUCGGGGCCAGAGCCCUGCCAUGCCAGGGUGGGCCGAGGCUCGGAGCCCUGCCAUGCCAGGGUGGGCCGAGGCUCGGAGCCGGAGCCAUGCCAGGGUGAGCCGAGGCUCGGAGCCGGAGCCAUGCCAGGGUGGGCCGAGGCUCGGAGCCGGAGCCAUGCCAGGGUGGGCUGAGGCUCGGAGCCCUGCCAUGCCAGGGUGGGCUGAGGCUCGGAGCCGGAGCCCUGCCAUGGUGGGCCGAGGCUCAGAGCCGGAGCCAUGCCAGGGUGGGCCGAGGCUCGGAGCCCUGCCAUGCCAUGGUGGGCCGAGGCUCGGAGCCAUGCCAUGCCAGGGUGGGCCGAGGCUCAGGGCCGGAGCUCAGCUGGGCUCUGGCAGGAGCAGCAAUGCCGACACCAGCACAGUUCCCCGGCUGUUCCCCUCGGGAGAGCCGCGGUUCUGACAACACCCGGCCCGGCAGCGCCAGGGCCCGGAGGCCAUGGCGGGGUCCCCACGGUGACCGUCACUGCCGGGGAACCGGCCUUGUGCCACUUCAGCCCCAGCACUGAAACCCGGCCUCUCUCCCACCCCAAAAUCCCCCCUGUUCUCAUCCCACCUCAGCAAACACGAGCAGCUCUGGCCGAGACUGAGCAUCUGCUAUUGGCAAUUGCCUCAUUGUAGCUUUGCCUUUUUCUGUCCUAGUAUUUCCUCACAAUGAUGAUGAUGAUGAUGAUGUUUACAUGUGAUUGCUAUAGAGCUUAUGUAGAAUGUAUAUAGCGACACAUUUAGGGUGGGUAGUACUGUCCUGUGCUGUGCUGAUGUUUUUCAGAAAACGAUCAAUCAAAAGAAAAAAAAAAAAAAAAAGCCAACCAAAAAAAAAAAAAGGAAAAAAAAAACGAAAAAAAAAAGGAAAAAAAAGAAAAGCAAAUAAGUGGAAUUCUUCCAUCUCCCACUCAGCUGGGGGCACCCAUGGCUGGGCCCCGCUGGGGAUGCAUCAAGGGUGGUGGAGGGGAAGGGUUAGUGCAGAGCUGGGGGGGGCUGCAGCCUUCUCCAGGGGAUCACUCAGUCACUUCCCCAGCACUGCCUUUGGCACACCCAGAUUGAGAAUUUCCCGGUGUUUCCGGGGCUGGGUGCCCUGGGUCAGCUCUGGGUGCCGAGGCCGGUGCUGGGGAAGGGGAGGGCUGGUCCUGCACAGAGCUCAGCAGUACUGCAGCCCUAGGGUAGGAAGAGAUGCAAUAAGUGGUCUUCGUGGUGCCUGAAGCCUAUAAGUGGGGUUGGGUUUUUCUGGUUUUGGUUUGGGUUUUUACCUUUUUUUUUUUUUUCAUUCACUUGGGAUGGUUUGUUUUCCCUCCUCCCCCAAAAAACCUUUCUUAUCCAAGACUUAUGCACUAUGCUUAGAGCCCCUUGGGCUGUGUGCUGCCUGCCUUGGGGCUUCCCCCACCUUUUAGGACUGGGUGAAAAGUAAAUUUCCACAAUGGUUUCUUUUUUUUUAUUUUAUUUUUAAUUUUUGUGGGCCUUUUGUUGGUUUUUCUUUUUUACUCUAAAGGUGUCUUUAGCUCACAGUGCUCGAGUCUGCAGGAAGGUGGGUCGGGCACAGAGGCAGGUGAGAGCUCCCUCCUGAGCUGCCUAAAAUUUGGAUGCUGACAGGGAAUUGGGGCAGGAGCAAAGCAACGCCCAGGCCCUGCUGCCAGAGAAGCCAGAGGUGCCCAGAGCUUUGCAGCAGCUGCCAGGGACUGGGGAUCCCCCCCUUUUUCCAAGGAUUGCCUUUACAUCCCACCCAGCCUGUGGCACCACAGUGGGUGCCCCUCAAAAAGGGACCCCUCACACCCCAGCCCCCUGUGAGGGCCAGGGCUGUGGGGUGGGCAGGAGAAACUGGGAGCAAAAGGGUUUAUUCUGGCAGGAAUAAGUCAGGAGGAGAUUUAUUUUUUUAAAAGUGUGUAAGUAUAGAAUGUUCCCCCAGCCGUUUCCUGCUGUGGGCAAAUGCUGAAUGCGUGAGGAGUUUCUGAUAAAAUGCCCCUUUUGCUUGUUUUGCACAGGUUUGCCCCAGAAAAACUAAUUUUUUUUGGGGGGGCAGCAGGUUUCUGGCUGGAAUCCAGCGUGUCCCUGAGGCUCCGCAGGGAGGAGCAAACGGGUCUGAGUGUGUGGGCUGAAUGCAGAGGACAAUCCCAGGAUUUAGGAUGGAUGCUGCCCCCAAAGCAAAGGUUUCUCUCGAUUCCUCCAUUUCCUGCCUGGGCUGCACAUCUUUGAGGAAGCAGCAGCUCGCUCACCACGUUACAGUCCUGAGCCUCAUCUCAGUCUGGGCCUUGUCCAGGAGUUUCACAAUUGCAGAUCAACACGGUUUUCUCCUUUUUUUUUGGGAGGGAUUUCUUUUCUUUCUGGAGGUCUCUUGAGUCCACCGGUGUUGGAGCUGAACCCGACACCCGUCGUGUUCUAAGUGCAUCCCUGACAAUCUCAAGCAAUAUAGAGCCAAAUGCAGCCUUGGGCUUUCACUUUGGGGUUUCACUUUGGGGUUUCAUUCCUCUUCCCUCGCCCUCCCUGGGGCCAGGGGCAGCAGCAGGAGUUGGGGAGGGAGUGUGUGAGUGCAUGUGAGAAAGAGAGAGAACGGUUCAAUUGAUGCAUUUCUUGAGAAAGGUGUAAGAAUUUCACCUAAAAAGGGGCACAUCUGCUUUGUUAUUUAUAAAAAAAAAAGCUAAAUUCUGUCUUUUUUUUUUUUUUUUUUAAGUAAAAGGACACUGCUCAUAAUUAUUAGGGGUCAAUUCUGCUUCCCUUACUCAUGCUGAGUAAGUACUACUUAACUCUCCAAUUUUCUACUUGAAGAGUAAGUAAAAGCAGCAGAAUUGAUCCCUUUAUGAUUAAGAAUCAAGUUUUUAGUAUUUUUUUUAAUUGAUAGCGGUUUUUUUAUAUUUCACUUAAUUUUUCCCCCAGUUCUGUUCUGUUGUGUCCUUAUUUAUGUAAUAUACUUUAACCUUAAGAGAUGGCAUGGAUUCUUAUGCCUUUCCUUUAUUAUUAUUAUUAUUGUUAUUAUUUUUAAAAAACAAAAGAGAUUUAUUUCUAGUGUGAUUUAACUGUCUACCUUCUAAAAUGAGAGAACGUUUUCUUGUAUUUUUACAUUGUCAGAUUCUAUAGUUUCAUAGAUAAUUUAACCAAAUCGCUCAAUGUAUUCUCUAUAUCUAUCCAGUGGGUAUAAAAGUUCUAUUUUAAAUUGUGUAAAUACUUCAGAACUGGCUUCUUUUUCCAGACUCCCCUGCCGUGGAGUUUCUUGUUUACAUCAAAAAGACUGUAGAAUCUCUACGCUCAUGUACUGUAAAUAGUGAAGUGAUCUGCCUAUAAAUAAACGAUAACAUAUAUACUAUAAAGUGGAAAGAACAAAAA